AUGAGCCAGCCCAGGCCCCGCUACGUGGUGGACAGGGCCGCGUACUCUCUCACCCUCUUGGAUGAGGAGUUUGAGAAGAAGGAUCGGACGUUCCCAGUGGGAGAGAAGCUCCGCCAUGCCUUCAGGUGCUCCCCAGCUAAGAUCAAAACUGUGGUGUUCGGGCUGCUGCCUGUGCUCUCCUGGCUCCCCAAGUAUAAGAUCAAAGAGUACCUUCUCCCUGACCUGCUCGGCGGACUGAGUGGGGGAUGCAUCCAGGUGCCACAAGGCAUGGCAUUUGCCCUGCUGGCCAACCUCCCCGCGGUCAACGGCCUCUACUCCUCUUUCUUCCCCCUCCUGACCUACUUCUUCCUCGGGGGUGUGCACCAGAUGGUGCCAGGUACCUUUGCCGUUAUCAGCAUCCUGGUGGGUAACAUCUGUCUGCAGUUGGCCCCAGAGUCGAAAUUCCGGGUCUUCAACAAUGCCACCAAUGAGAGCUACGUGGACACUGCAGCCAUGGAGACAGAGAGGCUGCAUGUGUCGGCGACACUCGCCUGCCUGACUGCCAUCAUCCAGAUGGGCCUGGGCUUCAUGCAGUUCGGCUUCGUGGCCAUCUACCUCUCUGAGUCCUUUGUCCGGGGCUUUAUGACGGCUGCCGGCCUGCAGAUUCUGAUCUCGGUGCUCAAGUACAUCUUCGGGCUGACCAUCCCCUCCUACUCGGGCCCGGGGUCCAUCGUCCUCACGUUCAUUGACAUCUGCAAAAACCUUCCCCACACCAACAUCGCCUCGCUCGUCUUCGCCCUCAUCAGCGGCAUCUUCCUGGUGCUGGUGAAGGAGCUCAACGCUCGCUACAUGCACAAGAUCCGCAUCCCCAUCCCCACAGAGGUGGUAGUGGUUGUGGUGGCGACAGCUAUCUCCGGGAGCUGUAAGAUGCCCCAGAAGUAUCACAUGCAGAUCGUGGGACAGAUCCAACGUGGGUUUCCCACUCCGGUGUCGCCUGUAGUUUCACAGUGGAAGGACAUGAUUGGCACAGCCUUCUCCCUGGCCAUCGUGGGCUACGUCAUCAACCUGGCUAUGGGGCGGACCCUGGCUGGCAAGCACGGCUAUGAUGUGGAUUCCAACCAGGAGAUGAUCGCCCUUGGCUGCAGCAACUUCUUCGGCUCCUUCUUUAAAAUCCACGUCAUCUGCUGUGCGCUCUCUGUCACUCUGGCUGUGGACGCAGCUGGAGGGAGAUCCCAGGUGGCAAGCUUGUGCGUGUCUAUGGUGGUGAUGAUUACCAUGCUGGUCCUGGGGUCCUAUCUAUACCCUCUCCCCAAGGCUGUGCUGGGAGCCCUGAUAGCUGUCAACCUCAAGAAUUCCCUCAAGCAGCUCACCGACCCCUACUACCUGUGGAAGAAGAGCAAGCUGGACUGUUGUGUCUGGGUGGUGAGCUUCCUCUCCUCCUUCUUCCUGAGCCUGCCCUACGGCGUGGCCGUGGGUGUCGCCUUCUCCAUCCUGGUUGUGGUCUUCCAGACCCAGUUCCGAAACGGCUAUGCUCUGGCCCAGGUCUUGGACACUGACAUCUAUGUGAACCCCAAGGCGUACAGCAGGGUCCAGGAAAUUGAGGGGAUUAAGAUCGUCACUUACUGCUCCCCUCUCUACUUCGCCAACUCAGAGAUCUUCAGACAAAAGGUCAUUGCCAAGACUGGUAUGGACCCCCAGAAGGUAUUACUUGCCAAGCAAAAAUACCUCCGGAGGCAGGAGAAGAGGACAGUACCGACACAGCAGAGGAAAUCUCGCUUCAUGAAAACCAAGACGGUCUCCCUGCAGGAGCUGCAGCAGGACUUUGAGAGCAGCACCCCAACGGAUCCCAACAACAACCAGACGCUGGCCAACGGCGCUGGCGUAUCCUACAUCACCUUCAGCCCCAACACUGCCUCAGCCACGCCGAGUGAACCAGCAGCCUCUGCAGAGCCCCUCAGCGAGCCCAGCAACACCCUGGCCAGAGUCCCACCCUUUGUCACCUUCCACACCCUCAUCCUGGACAUGAGCGGUGUCAGCUUUGUGGAUCUGAUGGGCAUCAAAGCCCUGGCCAAGCUGAGCUCCACCUACGGGAAGAUCGGAGUCCAGGUCUUCUUGGUGAACAUCCACGCCCAGGUGUACAAUGACAUCAGCCACGGAGGCGUCUUCGAUGGGGGGUGUGUACAGCGCGACCACGUCUUCCCCAGCGUGCACGACGCGGUCCUCUUCGCCCAGGGACAUGCGGGAGGAGCAGUCCCGGCACACGGCGCCCCGGGGGCCCCUGGGGACACCGAGCUCUCCCUGGAUGACUCGGACGACGGCCCCGGCUACUGGGACCUAGAGCAGGAGAUGUUCGGGAGCAUGUUUCACACAGAGAACCUGACCGCCCUAUGAGGCCUGGCUGGUCCCAGUGCUGCCCGAAGAGCACCUCGCACCGGGAACGUCCGCGGAAGAAAUGCCAGGGUGUUAGGGAGUGCUGGGGGAGGAGAGUUGUCCCCCAGGACCUGGCUCCUCUCUCCCCUCCUCCCUCAACAGGAAGACAGGAAGAGCUCGCUCCUGCGGGGUGAGAGUCCGGUGAACUCACCUCCUCACGCCUCCCCUAACCCUCAGCAAUGUGCCAUCCUCUGGCUCCCUCCAUGUCACCCACCCAUGCCCCGCCCGUGGCAGCUGAUGCAUGUUUUGACUUCCAGACUUUGAAAGUGAGCCAAUGGCAGGAGGACAAGGACCACUGCACUGGCGUACAAGCUUCGCAAGGGUCCUGGGGCCUGCAUGGCUUGGUGGCAGAGGAUGUCCUGCUGUGACAGGACAUAGGGAUAAACUCGGUUAGAGACCACAGCUUGUCCCCUCCAUCUGCCAACUCUAGCCUGGCAGCCAGGGACCACGUGAUUCCACAACCUAGGAGUUUCCAUCUCGGUGCCCGGGUCCCUUCCUCCUCUGAAGGCUGCCAAGAUGGCCACUGCCGUCCAGCACUCCAAACUCCAGCCUGGGCACCAGAGCGACCUCCUCGCGGUGGCCCACUGAGGGACUCCCUUGGCCUCCUGAAGCACCACUCACUUCCCCCAAGAGGCUGCUCCCUUCUGCUUGAGGCUGAGUAGGAACCCAAGAAAGGAGGCAGGCAGCUGGCAGACUCUGACAACCUGGCAACAGACACUAGUGAUUCUGCACAAAAGCUUUUGGGAAACCCUCUUUGUACCAGAGAUUUGGAAGGAGAGGGGGUGCCAGUGCCAACCCAGGCCAAACUGGACGGACUUGGGCUUAACGGUUCUCCUGACCUCAAGGCCCAUUGGGAAAAUACCUCCCCUCAGGAUGUCUGCCUGGUUCUUCCUUGCUUGGCAAAGAGCCAGUCGUUUUAACUCUCUUUUAUCAACCUGGAUACUGGAGUUACAAUGGGGUCCUUCUGCCAGGUGAGAGAGGGGUCUCACAGGGUCAGCUGCCCCCCUCAGAGGUGGAAGUGGGCAGGUCCAGAUGGGUCUUUCUCCACAGGGUGUCCUUAACAACCCCAGGACCUGAGGCCAUCUUCCUCUAGGAAAGGUGAAAGUAGGGGUUCAAUUCUCCCCAUAUAUGGGGAGGUACAUCUAGAGGAAUCCCUUUAGAGAUAGAUAGAGGAACCCUACUGUUGACUUGAAAAUAAAUAGGUUCCAUGUGCAAGUGUUUUGCACAGAAAACCUCCUGGCUUCUCCUCACUGUUUCUCCCAAGUUCCCUGUCCCAACAGGUUGGGCUGGCCCAGCCUGGGCAAACGUCCCAGUCCCUAACUUCAGCCUGACCUGCAUUGUAUGUCUGUGUGUUGAGCGAGCUGAUCGGCCAGCAAGUCUUCGGAGAGUUAAAGGAGAGGGUGCUGGCACAGCUCCUGCACAUUCUUGGCCCAGAGGCACUGCUUCUCAGUGAAUUCAUUAUGCCAUCUGGCUGCCAAUGGAACUCAAAACUUGGACGAUGGAAGACGAUGUUAUCUGGGAUUCACCGUGCCCAGCACUCGAAGUGCCAAAUUCCAGGAGGACAAGAACCUUAGCCAAUGACAACCCACCCUCCCCUACUCCACCUCCUUCAAGAUCCAGUUCGGGCCUGGGAGGUGGAGGAAGGUCAGAGCCUCAGGACCACCCAGGGCAGAGCACCCCUUUGAACCAAGCAUCUAGAUCCCAUGGGGACUGGGUGAAGUGAACAUUAACACCAGGCCAGCCCCAGAACUGAAGGGAUCACUGACUCACAGUGGCCCAGAGCCGAGGCUCCAGAAACAAUCUGUGACGUGUCAGGGCAAUGAUCAUUCCCAGUACUCCCACACAAGGGAAGACAUUGAAGCAACUUCACUGUCGAGAUAUUUUGCAAAGAACGCAAAUGUCACACAAACCACUUUUCCAGACGUGACGGAAGUAGGGAGGGAGGGGGCAAGGUGGCAAAAUAAUCCAGAAUUUCAAUACUUUUGAAUGUUCUUACUGAUACUGACCUAUGAUGAUAGGAUUCCCAGGGUGGCCUGGGAACCUUGUCUCUUGAGAUAUUUGUAUAAUUUAUUUAAUUUAAAUGUCUUUCUCUUUUCAUUC